AUGGACUCCGACGACGAUCUCGAUCUCCCACCACCAAAGCCAACUAUCAACCUUGACGACUCCGACUCCGACGACGACCUGCCGCCCCCUGCAGUGCUUGCGGCCAUGAGGUCGCCGCCACCGCGGCCAACCGCUGCUCCAGUUGUCGCCCCACUGCGGUUGACGUCGCCAAACAGUGGCGGCGGCAGCCCUCUGACGAAGAUUCAGGUAGGCGCAGCGUCGAAUGGCAAAGCUUCUCUGGACCCGCAAGUGCAGCUGCAGUCUCCUGCUGACUCCAAGGCUAGGGCAAAUCCCGCCAAGGUGUACAAGGAGGGAUUCUUACUUAAGCAGCAGCCUAGUUGGCCCUACAGCAACCAGAAACGCUAUUGUGUACUGAAGAAUUGCAAGUUGUAUUACUUUGACUCACAGGAGAGCAUGAAAGAGGGAAGGCCCCAAGGUGUGAUUGAUCUCACGAAUGCCAAGCUCGUGGAUCCUGGUAACGAGGCCAAGCUUCCCUCAAAUUUUGGUAUCCGGGUCGAGCACGACAAGCAAACAGAAGGAGGCAACAACAGUAGCAGCAACAAGAAACAAAGAACGUUCAUUUUUUCCGUCACACAUGCCCACGAAUUGGGCGAGUGGAAGGCAGCUGUUCGGUCUAUCGUCGGCGACGAUAUUGAGGAGGAUCAGGUGCACUGGUUUGACAAAAUGGUACAGGGCGUAUACUAG